AUGGCAUUGACAUUGGCAUUGACAUUGGCAUUGCCAAGGUAUAUCGUUCACAGAUCCAUACAGAACGAUUACCUGGGCUACAUUCACGAAGAUGGGCAGGCAUAUGGGUAUCUCAGCUUCAUGGAAACAAAGGCUGUGAGCCCAUUUAGAAGAUUUCAAGUGGAGGCUGCUAGCAAAGAUGGCUUGGUGUACAUAAGGAGCUGUCCAAACAACAAAUAUUGGGAACGAACCCAAAAUCUUUCUAUCACUUGGAAUUCAGAUGAGGAGUACUGGAUUACAGCAACCGCCAACAAACCGGACGAAGACCAAUCCAAGGAGUCGUGCACAUUGUUCAAGCCUAUCUGUGUAGACCCUGGAACGAAUACGAUCCGAAUUAUGCAAGUUCAAUCAGGAUUCUAUUUAUGCUUAUGGCAUACUGAUCCACCAUUUACUCGCAGCGUGUUGUCAAACUACGAUAGUUAUGAUAAAAAUAGCUGUGAUCUCUUCACAGUUAUUGAUUGGGAGUCGUUGUUGAUUCUGCCCAGGUACGUGGCAUUCAAAGGAGAUAAUAAUUUAUAUCUGCUUCUUCGUUCUAUCGAUGAUCACCCAUAUUUACAGUUUAAAAGUGAUGAUAUUGGUGUGUCACUUGUGGCAUGCGAGAUUCUCGAUACUAAAGAGGGAAAAAUCCGCAUCAAGUCCAUUUCUAACGGUAAAUUUUGGAGGCUCAGCCCCGAUUGGAUUUGGGCGGAUUAUAAUGGCACUAGCGCCAACGACAACGACAUCUUGUUUCGCCCCGUCAAAGUUGACAAUAAGAAAAUAGGUCUUCUCAGUUUAGGCAACAAAAAUUUUUGCAAGCGCAUGACAGCUGAGGGAAAGAAGGACUGCCUUAAUGCAGCUGUCGCCUCUCUUAUCGCAGAGGCGCAACUAACGGUGGAAGAGUAUGUCAUGACAAGGACCAUUUAUAAUGUCAGAUAUGAUCUUGAAAGUUCCAGGAUCUACGACGAAAAAGUCAUUCUUGUGGCCAAUAAUUCUGCCAGUAACUAUACUCAGCAAUCCACCACUUUAGAUGUGAAGCUUUCCUACACAGAAACUAAGACUAGUACUUGGGAAACUAUGUCAACACUAAGGUUAGGUGUGAAAGCCACCGUCAACGCUCCCAUUCCCAAAAUUGGUAAAGGAAGGAUUGAAUUAUAUGGUGAAAUUGAGAAAGGUCUGGAGUGGGGAGAGAGCUACACAUCGACCAUUCUUGUGGAGGUUGUAAACAAAGUUGUUGUGCCUGCAAUGACUAAGGUGACAGUGUAUCUAAUUGCAACAAACGGAAUGAGAGAUCCAAAUCCUACAAUGAGUAAAAUAAUCAUGCAUCAAAUUACUGAAUCAAAUGCUAAGAUGUUUUUGAAUUUCCAUGAUGUUUCUUUACUUAUAAUAUUAAGAGUUGAAGAGCAAAAUAAUCUUGAUAUGCUUUUGAAUAUUAAUUUAGUGAGUACUUAG